AUGCUACCGGUGUGCCAGGAGUUUGAUUUGGGCAUCAGCAUUCAGGAGCCUCGCUACGGAAAUGAUGCCGACUCCUUCGUGUCGGCGGUGUCGCGAGAGUCACGCGGUUGCCGACAAGCAGCCUGGGAGGGCUUGCUCGCCUGCAUCCAGGACCCCAAGUUUGCGCUGUGUGCCGUUCUGCUGAAACUUUGGGCCUUGGGGGAGUGCCCCGUGCAGGCGAGAAGAUGCUUGCAGAACUGCUAUGUCUUGAAGUACCACUGGCCUUUGGAAAGCUGGCGGCGUAGUCGCUUGCAAACCUGGGUGCCAGAGCUGGAGGGUAUUGUCACUUGGCCCAAGUUUUCUUGCGAGUUCGAUGCACGCCCAUUCUCACAAAUCUCAGCGGCUUCGGCAUCGACGAGCAUACUGACAGCCAAGCUGCCAGCGCACGUCGGUGCCUUGGAGUCGGCAUUGGGCCUGACGCUGCUGGAAUCACAGGCCGUUCGGGCAGGAUCCAUGUUUGCGCUGACAGGCAUCAUCUACAAACGUUCCAAAGUUGCCUCAGCAACCUCGGGACGUGGUGCGCCUGCUCGAUUUGAGGCAUUUGCUUCCACAAGCGAUUGCCUUUUGCCAUGCAUUCAUUUCAGCCCACAUCUAUCAGCGCAUGUCUCCAUGAACUGGUCGUGGCAUUGGCCGAUCUUGUGCUUCCAGUCAACUCAGGCAAUUUCUGAGGCCAUGGGUGCACUACGCCAACUGGGGACAGCUGUGUCUCUGCAGACGGUUCGGUACUUGGUUACUCAGAAAUCCCAGAAAGUACUCUACCGGAUAGAAAACUGCUUUGCAAGAGCCAUCGACAGGCUCGGAUCUUAUCUGCUGGGCGAACUGGAUUUCCAGAAGCUCGGCGUGCUGGUCUUCAAAGAAGUCGGAUAUUUCGAAGACGUGUGGAAUAACUUCAACCCGGAGCGGACCCCGAGCCGAUCCCGAUCGGAGAGAUGCCCCUUGACCUGA